GGACAUUAUUUAUAGUCAUUUAUCGUUUUUGAGGAGAGAGAGUCGUUGCUAGAGAUACACAAAUAAAUAUUUGCUAAAGUUUGAAAAAUAUUGGAAAAUACUUUGAAUAUUAUUUUUAUGUGAACAUGUUCCGUUCGUAUGUCCGUGAGUCGAUACGUUCCAGUCGUGCCUUUGCUCGUGCCUACUCCAAGGCUGUCACGUUUGGCGCCGAGGCGCGUGCCCGAAUGCUGCAUGGCGUGGAUGUGCUCGCGGAUGCGGUGGCCGUCACGCUUGGUCCCAAGGGUCGCUGUGUGAUCCUCGAACGACCCUGGACAUCGCCAAAAAUCACCAAAGAUGGCGUGUCUGUGGCACGCGCCAUUUCACUGAAGGAUCAGCAUAUGCAGAUCGGUGCACGUCUCGUUCAGGAUGUGGCGGACAGUACAAAUCAAACGGCCGGAGAUGGCACCACAACGGCCACAGUGCUGGCCCGUAGCAUUGCCAAGGAGGGCUCCCAACACAUUACACGCGGCGCGAAUCCCAUCGAGAUUCGGCGGGGGGUCAUGCUGGCCGUCGAUCAUGUGAGGCAGGAGCUGCAACAGAUGUCCCGUGCGGUGGAGACGCGCGACGAGAUCGAACAGGUGGCCACAAUAUCGGCAAACGGUGAUUCCGAGAUUGGCAAACUGAUUGCCCAGGCCACUGACCACGUUGGCACCACCGGCACCAUCACCGUCAAGGAGGGCAAACGCCUGAAGGAUGAACUGGAGGUGCUGCAGGGUAUGCAAUUCGACAAGGGCUACAUUUCGCCGUUCUUUGUGAAUACACCGAAGGGUGCCAAGGUGGAGUACACAAAUGCCUAUGUUCUGAUCACCCUGAAGAAAAUCAAAUCUCUCAAGCAGAUCGUCCGGGGACUGGAGCAAACGUUGCGCCAACGCCGUCCGCUGCUCAUCAUUGCUGAGGAUCUGGAUGGUGAGGCACUCAACGCCCUCGUCCUCAAUCGCCUCAAGACGGGACUACAAGUUUGUGCCGUCAAAGCACCCGCCUAUGGCGAGUAUCGCAAGCAGCUGUUGGGCGAUAUUGCUGCGGCGACGGGUGCCACCAUCUUUGGGAAUGACAAUGAUUAUGCCAAGAUUGAGGAUGCGAAACUGAAGGACUUUGGCGAGGUGGGUGAACUGAUUGUUACCAAGGACUCGACCAUGCUAAUGGAGGGUAAGGGCACACCCGAAACGCUCAAGCGACGCAUUCAGGAGCUGCAGGACGAACUGGAUGAUCCCGCAACGAAGCCCGAACAGAAGGUUCGUCUGCGUGCCCGCAUCUCCACGCUAACCAAUGGAGUGGCCGUCAUUCACAUUGGCGGCACCAGCGAGGUGGAGGUGGGCGAGAAAAAGGAUCGCGUCAAUGAUGCCCUCAAUGCGACAAGGGCGGCCAUUGAGGAGGGCAUUGUGCCCGGUGGGGGUACAGCCCUGUUGCGCUGCAUCCCUCGUCUGCAGCAGCUGGAGCCGGACAACGAGGAUCUCGCGCAAGGCAUCGCCAUUGUGUGCAAGGCUCUGCGCAUGCCCUGCAUGACGAUCGCCAACAAUGCCGGCGUCAAUGCGGCCAUGGUAGUUGCCAAAGUAAUGAAUGGCAGCGGUGACUUUGGCUACGAUGCCAUGAGGGAUGAAUACGGCGAUCUGAUUGACAAGGGCAUCAUCGAUCCGACGAAGGUGGUGCGCACGGCCAUACAGGAUGCGGCCGGUGUUGCCUCCAUGUUGAGCACCACCGAAGUGGUCAUCACCGAGGUGCUCACUCAAAGUGCAUUGAAUGCUUUGGGAGAUGGCGGUGGCGGCGCUGGCUUGGAGGAGGCAUUGGGUGGCUUAGAUCUAGGCGGCAUGGGUGGCAUGGAUGCGCUAGCCGCACUGGGUGGCAUGGGAAUGGACGAAAUGGGUGCAAUGGAUGGCAUUAGUAAAGCUGCUGAGAUGAACGACGCAGUGAAGAGUAUUCCCGGCAUGGAGAAUGUGGAAGUCCAUGACAUUGACAGCAGUCAAAUGUGACACUUCUAGCUAACCCAUCCUCUCUCUAUCUCUCUCUCUCCCAUCUUUCUCUCUGUUCCUACUAUAUUUGUUGUGAAUAUCGUUUUUAGUCAUUUAACUUGGUUUUUUGUGCCAAAUUUCUGUUGCUUUGUGAUCGCCGAAUAAAAAAAAACAGUGCGCAAAUG